AGCUAGAGCACGGUCGGUCCAAAGGCAUGUCUGCUACAUGUCUGGAGCCGAGUGGUUUGACUCAUCAUUUACGCGAAAUGAGUUAACUUACAACGAAAGGUCUCGCUCGAGCGUUGUCUAUUUCGGACAUUGAAAUGUUACGGAGACCUAAUUGGACAAGGAGAGCCGCCCCUUUCUGGUCGGUGCAUCGAUGCUGUGUUUUGUUUUGACGUAAGUGACGCGGCGGGCGCUAGAGAGGUUGGAGUGCUGCAAUGCAAAUAACUGUGCGUGCUGAAGUUGGAGUGUUGUUCAGCCCUAAAAAUUGUGCAGAGCUGAAGAGACACUACUCCCCUGCCGUUGUGAGAUGAACUGCUUUACCUGAAAGAAAAGGCUCCAUGAUGUCGAAGACGCCGGGAGAGAGUCGGAUACCGACGCUGUUCUCGGGCCCGCGGCGGCCCAACGGCGGGCUGACGACGUCGCUGGAGUCGCGCCUGCCCCGCGCCCGCGGCUCCGUACCGGGGUCGCCGACGACGUCGUCCUCGUCGUCGCUGAAGGGUUCGGCGCCGGGGUCGCCGACGGCGACGCGGCGCGAGAUCCGGAGCAGAGGGGUCACUCCGGACCCUGGCCCGGAGCAUGGUGGCGGCGCCGCCCCCGGCAGCGCCAUGCCCGCCGUGCGCCAGAGCCUCAUCGGCCAGGGCCGCGUCAACAAGCUGACCAAGUCCGCCAGCGCCUCCAGCACCAGGGGCAUGGCUGCAGCAUCUUCCGCGCGGCCUUCACGCCCCACGCGGCCCACCAGCUUCCCCAAGCCCGUGGUGUCCGAGGCCGCGCCCAGGCCCGUCAUCGACUCGACCACCAGGGAGUCGUCGCCGGCCUCGGACCGAGCUGUUGCGGCCCAGCAGCACGGGGCGGUGCCGGAGGCCGUGGUUGCGGCCGUGGCCGCCGCGGCCGCGAACGUGUGGAGCUCGGACUGCAUCGAGGCGAGACACGUCGGCUGCAGAGUCCAGAUCGCGGGCGAGAAGCUGGGCACGCUGAGGUACUUCGGGCCCAUCGCGCUCGCGUCGGGCGACUUCUGCGGCGUGGAGCUGGACGAGCCCGACGGCAAGCACGACGGCACGGUGCGGGGCGUGUCCUACUUCCGGUGCGCGCCGCUGCACGGCCUGCUCGCCCCGCUGCACCUCGUGCGCCUCUACGACGGAGGCUGCAGCAGAGGGGGCAGCGACGGCGGCAGCAGCGUGCCCGUCAGCCCCGCGCAGGCCGCGCUGGACCAGGUGGACUCGGGCCCGCACAGCAUCCUCGACAUCGACCUCCUGGUGGGGCACGACGGCCAGCCACAGCCGCAACGACAGCAGCACUUCGACCUCAACAAGGAGGCCUUCUCGAGCAUGGCGUCCACGCCAACGUCGGCUGGUCUGUGCGAGGACCUCAGCCCUGGACACUACUUCGGCCACCACGGAGUCGCACAGCAGCCGCCGCACUUCCUGCACCUCAUGGAGAAGCAGAACUCGUUCGACCUGGACGAGAGUCUCGGCAUCCUCACGCCCGACCAGAUGGCGGACGGCUUCACCGUCUGCGACGGCUCUAGUCCCGAGGAGGAGGCGGCCGCCGCGGCGCUGGACCAGCACGGCGGCGUCCAGACGCACGAGGACGAGCGCAUGGAGGUGGAGGAGCACGUGGACGUGCACCAGGUGGUGGAGAUGGUGGACUCGGCCCUGCGCUGCACCGUGGGCAUGGACGUCGACGCGCUGCCGGACGACAUGAUGGCCCAGGACGCCGCGCCCACCUCGCAGGCCGACGUGGCGAUGGACUACCUGCUGUCCUCGCGGCGCGACGGUGGCAUGUCCACGUCGGACUGCGUGAGCGAGGCCAGCAAGACGAGCGGCAUCGUGCUGGCGCGCCUGGACCGCACGCCCUCCGUGGAGGAGCUGCCGCUGGACGCACAGCAGCAGCCCGCCGGCCAGGGCACCCCGGGCCAGGGCACGCCCGGCCAGGCCACCCCCUCGCGCGCGGCCCGCGGCGGCAAGACGCCCAACUCCAUCAUCACGAGCGUCACGAGCAUCGCGAGCCUGGACACGGGCUACCAGGGCGACGGCGAGUGGAGCCGGCCGGGCAGCAGGGGCGCCGACGCCAUGACGGACUCGGACCGGCACUCGCCCACUGCCCACCACCACCCUCACCCCGGCCACCCGGGCCACCCGGGCCACCCGGGCAUCAAGAUCAAGGGCACCGCCGUCGACCCCAUGACGGACUCGGACUUCUUCACCGAGUCGGACGCGGACAUGCAGGAGGAGCGUCUGGGCAUCGCGGGCCACGGCGGCGACCGCCUCGCGCAGGUGAUCGACGGCACGCUGUACGGCGGCGCCGGCAACGGCCAGGGCGGCGCGCACCGGCCGCAGCCGCAGCACAGCGAGGACAUGGACUCCAGCGGCAUCUACUCGGACCUGGAGCGGCCCUCCUCGCAGCCCGCGCAGCAGGGGCCGCUGCACUUCAUGGAGGGCCGCACGCUGGCCAGCCUCAACCAGGAGCUGGUCGAGACGCUCAAGAACAUGCUGCCCGUCGCCGAGGCCGAGAGCAUGGAGGACCGGGGUGCGGAGGACACGGGCUCCAUGACGUCGCUUGUGACGGUCAAGUCUCUACAGCACCACCAGCAGCAACAGCAGCAGCAACAACAACAGCAGCAGCAGCAACAGAAUAUACCUGGACCGGCGACGGUGGCGUCGUCGCCGCCGAAACCCCGUGCGAUCAAAGAGAUCAAAAAGUACAAGAUGCCCAACCGGAACGUGACGUCCAAGGUGAAGGCCAUGAUGGUGACGGUGAAGCCGUCGGACGAGCAGGAGAACACGGCGCCGCCCAAGCGGGCCCACAAGCCCGUGCCCAAGAAGUGGGAGGCGGUGAUGCAGAAGAUCGCGUCCAACGCGGAGGAGCAGAGCAGCAAGCUGGCGCGCCUCAAGGACGUGAAGGGCAAGGUGCUCUCCAGCAUGGGGGUGUCGCUGCAGCCGGCGGCCCCGCUCUCGGCGCGCGGCUCCAGGAGCGCCUCCAGGAGCAGCAGCAUCACGGCGCUCAACGCCACCAGGAAAGCGUCGGCCUUGUCCUCUCCGCGGAGCGCCGACCAGCGAAAGCCCAAGAGCCGCCGCCACCGCCUGGAAGGCCCGUCGCCCUCGUCCGCCUGCGUGACGCCCGUCUUGAGCCCGGACCAGCGCAGCGCGGCCUGCAGCCAGGCGUCCACCCCCAGGUCCUCGCUCAGCGACGUGAGCCGGGCCAGCAGCGCCAACAACCGCACGGGGCUCGGGCUCGCCGCCAACAGAUCCAAGAAGAACCGGAGCUCGAGUCCGCUGAGCGAUGCGUCCACCAACUCGACUACUCGAACGAAAAGUGCCACCCUGCCGACGCCCCGCGCCACCGCACAUGGAGGCGCGCGGGAGCGGUCGGCCCGCGACAAGGCGGCCGCGGAGAACGCCGAGGUGCUCAAGAAGAACCAGCGCAACAAGACCACCGUGACGCCCAUCAUGCCUCGCACUGACAAGGCGUGGAGCGGCAGCAGCAACCGCGUGGCGUCGGCCGCCGUGGCGGAGAAGCAGCAGCAGGCGGCGUCGGCGGUGAAGAGCCCCUCGCCCAGGAAGGCGACCGCUCAGCGCCGCGCCACGCCCCUCAAAGAUCACAAUGGCAGACUGGAGCCUGUGGCGAAGCAGACGCAGCAGAACGGGGUGUCCGCGGCGCCGCUGCCCGCCCGCCGCAACCUGACGGGCAGCCUGCGGCCCAGCCCCGCGGCCGCCCCGCAGGGACCCUCGCCGCAGGAGGUGGCCGCCGAGCUGCGGAAGAGGCUGCUGCCCGACCUGCGGCACAACGCGGCCGCCUUCGAGGCCAUGGCCGUCCUCCUCGACUACACCACCACGAAGCUCGGAGCGUUCGCCGUGCCCGCGCUCCGCCGAGAUCUGGAGAAGACCAAGACGAACAUGGCCAGCACGGUCGCCCAGCUGGAGGAGGUCCGCGAGCAGCGCCGCAUCUUGGAGCGGGAGCGUGACGAGGAGCGCGAGGCCCGCGCCGAGCAGGAGGAGCGCGCCCGCGCCCUGGAGGCGGCCGCCCGCGAGCGCGAGGAGGAGCUGCAGCGGCGGCUGGCCGGCCACAGCGACGAGCUGGACACCCUGCGGACGGCGCACGCCGGCGAGGUGGCGACGCUGCGCGGCCAGAUGGACGCCCGCGCCCUGGAGGCGGCGGACGCGGUGGCCGCGGCGACGCGCGGCCUCCGGGAGGAGUACGAGCUGGAGCUGGACCGGGUGACGCGGCGCCACGAGGAGACGCUCCGCGCCGCGCUCGGGGCGACCCGCGCCGAGGCGGAGCGCGAGGCGGCGCAGCUGGGCCAGGAGGCGAUGCGGCGCGAGGCCGAGCUGGCCGCGCAGCUGGCGGCGACGGGCGCGGCGCACGAGGCGCUGCGGGAGCAGUCGCGCCGCGUCAUGGACUCCAUGAAGAGCGACAAGGACGCGCGCACGCAGGCGCUGGCGGCGCGCUGCCGGGAGCUGCAGGACGAGGUGGACUCGCUGCGCUCCGUGCUCGAGCUGCGCUGCGACGAGCUGCAGAAGUCGAGGCGCGAGAACGACGCGCUGCGGAUAGCGGCCGACCAGCUGCCGGGCGCCGAGCAGCGCAUCAGCACGCUCACCGCGCGCCUCGAGGACCUGCAGGUGCAGCUGGACCGCAAGGGCGAGCUGGAGGGCCGCCUGGUGCAGGAGAACAGCGAGCUGCACCAGUCGUUCAGCAAGGAGAUCAAGGAGAAGCAGAUGCUGUCGCUGCAGAACGAGCAGCUCCAGUUCAAGCUCAAGCAGAACACCGAGGUGGUGAACGCCCUGGCCGCCAACAUGAGUGACUUCCACGACGUGUCGGCUAUCCUGAACGCUUCAAUGAACGGCGUGAGUCUCCCAGGAUCCGACAGGAGCCGAAGGUCCACCACCAAGUCGAACAACAACAACAACCGGGGCGUGGCGUCGCCGCCCGAGUCGCCGCGCGUCAAGGGUGUGGUGGAGAAGAGCGAGUCGGUGUCGUACAUGCUGGAGAUGGAGGCGGACUCGACGGACGACGUCGUGGCGCGCAUCUACCGGCGCAUGGCGAGCACCCCGAUGGCGUCCCCCGCCCACGCCCCGCACGCGCCGCAGUCGCCGCACCCGCGCAGCGCGCCGCCCUCGUCUCGGCGCUCCAACCCGCUGGCGGCCCUGCAGGCCUCGCAGCAGCAGAUGUGCCCCCUGGCGCAGUCCGCGUCGGCGACCACCAUCUCGUCGCCGUCCCGGCCCACGCCCAAGCAGCGGACCAUGUCGGCGACGCUGCGCGUCCGCUCGCGGUCCAUCUCCUCCGACUCUGGCGAGUGCCUGUCCUCGGGCAACUGGAGUCCCCCGGCGUCGCUGCCGCCCUCUCAGCAGCAACAGCAGAGGCUGCAGAGGCGCUCCCCGGACGUGGUCGACGAGGGCUUGCUCGCGCCGAGCUCGGGGAUAGGCUACGACUGCAGCGACAUCGAGGACUUCUCGUCGUCCAAGUCGUCGUCCAUGAGCUGCAGCUCGGAGAGCUCGGAGCUGGGUGGCGCCAAGGAGCACGACCAGCACGUGGGUGAAGAGGAAGAGGACGACGAUGACGCCGAGCAGCCCAUGUUCCAGCACCAGCAGGACCUCAUGACGGCGUCGUGCGGCAGUGUGACGCUCCCCAAGGACGCCGGCGGCGAGGCCAUGAUCUGCUCCGAGGAGAUGAACGAGGACGAGGUGUCCACCAACGGGCUGCACUCGUCCUGCGAGGAGGACGCGAGCUGCUCGGAGGACGACGACAGUCGCGGUGCUGGUGUUGGUGGUGCGGGCAGGGCCCGGGCGGGCCUCGCGGGGCUGCCCAGGCUGUCGCUGCCCAUGACGCCCACGGCGGGCUGCGGGCAGUCCGCCAUCAACACGCCCAUGGACUCGAGCUGGUCCGAGGACAUGGAGCUGCCCGUGUCGCUGUCCGAGACCACCUGAGCGGGAGGAGUCAGGCCGCGGGGUGGGGGAAGUGAAGGGGGAGGGGAGUCUGAGACUCAGUGACUGAACAAGAGGAAGACGGAGGAAGGACGGGUAAAACUGUUAGCGCCGAGCGCCUGCCAUGGAAACGUAUCUGACUGUUUUGUGCUGUCGCCAAAGUCGAGCGUAUCAAUUUUUUGCGCUGUUUUGCCAUCUUCCCCCUCUGCAAUGCUUUGAUUACCUGAACUGACUAUUUUAUUGCGAGUGAAAUGUGUUGUCUCGCGUAUAUUGUAGGCGCCGCAUCUUUUUGCAGUUGUUGGCCGCAGUAUAAGUGAAGGCUUGAUUCUAGUCGAAAAAUCCAAAGGGAGUCCAGUACAACUUUUUAUAGCGGAAGGGAUUACCUCUCCGUUGCCAUGUAAAGCGCGAGUGGAGGUCCAGUUGGCGCUCGUUUUUGCGCUUCAUGUCGUCAUUACAUUGGGUGCCAGAUGGAUCGCUACCACAGACUGGACUGUUUAAAGCGCUAUGUCAUAACAUAUGGUGAAUGGUACUGAGGCUGUUAUUUGUAAAUAGGCAUUGUCAUGGUGGGUUCCUCAGUAUUAAUGUCCCUUUUAUAUUAAUCUAUCUGUUAUUACCAUAUUUGUCUCAAAGAUGAAUAUUAUCCCUUUUGUAUUUUACUUUUGAUUUUAGUACUGAAAGUAAUUUUACAUGCUAUGUUGUGUAUUGAAAAUUGUAAGUUUUAGAAACAUGUUUUGUUUUUAAAUGAAAAUAUUGUUUCAAAAUCCAAGUCACCAAAUAAAACGUUUCAUUGAGCUUUCAUUGGUUUUAAUUGUUGACUUGGACUCUGUUCUGAAUUUUUUGAAUGUUAUUUGUCAUUUGCGGUUGAAUCUUAUGUACAUUUGUAUUUGUAUGUAGAAAGGUUGCUGUAAAUUUGAAGUGAAUUGAUAAUGGCUGUGGAAUUGUUUCUGCAUGCAGAUGUGUAAGGAAUUUUAUUAGAUGCUAACUUUUUAGAUUGUAUAUAUAGAUGUGAAUGUAGGUCUGGAGUUGUUGGCUUUCACAGGACAACUGCUGCUGUUAAAUCUUUACUAUUUCUUUGCAUUAUGCAUUUAAUGUCUUACUGCUACUCUUAAAACAUUGCGUUACUGAAUUGUUUGAGUUCAUUUACUGAUACUUGUUCUCACAUCAUAUGAAGUGUAAGGUUUUUAUUUACCUAAUUUCAACCUUAAAUAUUUUAAAAUGAUCUUUAUGAUUUUCUUAGAUCCAUCGGCUUGCAUAGCUAAUCCAGUUGCCUUUAUUAAAAGUUUUUCAAGUUUACUGCCUGCACAAGUGGAUCUCCAUUUUUGAAUUAUCUGAAAAGGUGGUGUAGUAAAAAUGCUCUAGAUUUCUCAUUCUUUACCGUAGUAAUGUGUAGAAUAGCGUUGCAGAAGCGCUUCUCAUCCGACAUGUGAAAUUUGUUUGCAAUUGCCAUAUUUAUUCUGUUAAUGUAAAUACUUGUGUCCUCUUCCAUUAUGUUGAUCCUAUUAAAAGAAUUUAUCAUCAA